CUAUAAUCAACAUUUAUUUGUCACACUAAUGAGUCAUUUUCUUCCCAGCAAGACAGUCGAAUGAAGUGGAUACUAAAUCAUUGGCUGGUGUUGACGUCUAUAGAUGUCUAGUCAAUUUGGACUGGGGAGAGUUCGCAGCGAUCGAAGACGAUCAUUCUAUGAAGGCCAUCUCAGCCAGAACAAUAUCAGGAAAAACAUGAAUUUUAGAUUUGUAAACACUACUUCAAAAUUCGGAUUAAAAACAAAACGAAAAAAAAAAACAAUGAAAACCAAAAAAUAGGAAAAUAAAAAAAUAACAGUUUUGGCUAAAUCAAAUAUAAUUACAUCAAUAUUAUAAUCAGGGGUGCACAUAAGUGGUCCGCAUGCGCGCAUGCGUACUGGACGUAUACAAACGCGCUGGCCCUCAACGGCUUCCAUACGCUUUUGCGUACCAAUGGCUGACCACUAUUUGCGGCGGACACGAGAUAAUCACUUCUCAAAAUGUCGGAGGCAGGCCCCACUGAGUAAUUAUUUCCGUGUUCCCCCACCCCCGUCAAAGGACAGACAGACGAUAGAGACGUCACCGGAGCUACCGAAAAAAGGACCUUUGCUGAAAAGUGGCUGCAGGAGGCACCAUGGCUAGAAGCAAAUGAUGCUCGCACGGAUAUGUGUCUGAAGAAAAUAUGGCUGAAACCACAGAUGUUCCUUCGAUGGAGGAAGGUGGAGACACUGUGGACGCUCUGAAACUAUUUUCAAAGAGGAAAAAUACAUCAGAUGCCGACAAUAAGAGAGCUGAUGACACUGACUCGGUACCCAUCAGCAAAGCAUCACCCUCCAACCCAUAUCAGUACAAGAUGGACUAUCUAAGCAUGGGAACCUGCGUGAUUAUCAACAAUAAGAAUUUCAAGAAAAGCACAAAUAUGUCCACUCGUAAUGGGACAGACGUCGAUGCUGGUAUUGCUGGGAAGACAUUUUCUGAACUUGGUUAUAAGAUAAGAGUGGCCAAUGAUCUGACUGUGGACAAAAUGAUGGAUCUAUUGCAUCGUGUAUCCAAAGAGGACCACAGCAACAGUGCAUCAUUUGUGUGUGUGUUGUUAAGUCAUGGUGAUGAGGGUGUGAUUUAUGGAAUCGAUGGAUGUGAAAAGCUUGAAAACCUGACAAGGCCUUUCAAAGGACAUUAUUGCAAGAGUCUAGUGGGAAAACCAAAGCUGUUCUUCAUACAGGCUUGCCGUGGCGCAGAACUGGAUGGAGGGAUCCAAACCGACAGUGUAGGGGAACAAACAUCGGAUAAAAUACCUGUUGAGGCUGACUUCUUGUAUGCCUAUUCUACAGCUCCAGGCUAUUACUCUUGGAGGAACACGCAAAAUGGCUCCUGGUUCAUGCAGGCAUUGUGUGAGAUGUUGCAGCGUUUCAAAGGGGAAUUGGAACUAAUGCAGAUCAUGACUCGAGUCAACCACAAGGUGGCAACACACUUCGAAUCCAACUCCAACCUCCCUGGGUUUACUGGCAAGAAGCAGAUUCCAUGCAUUGUCUCAAUGUUGACCAAAGAUUUUUACUUUCCAAAAUAAACUGAUUUGGCUUUGGAACUACACAAAAGUAGCAAAUGUGCUAAGCUUCAACACAAUCAUUGUUCUUCUACAUUUUAUUUUUAGGCAUUUUAUUAGGUUUUUUGUUAUAUUUCCUUUUAAUCGACUCUUCGUGUAGUAAUGGUAAACAGUUUGGGAUUUAAAGGGAUAUCAACAGGAUACGUGGAUGCAUUGUCAUCUGUUCUCUUCAAUUCGGUUUAAACAUUUCACAACAAUUUAAAGAGUUUCUUUUAAUAUGUUAAUACAGUAAGUUAAGUCGCCUUUAUUCUGCAUUUGGGGAUAUGUCAUGGGUUUUUAUGUUAAGGGAUAGAGCACAAGAAGUGUUUUACAUGCAGUAUGCUUAAGUCUUUGUUUAUGUCUUUAAACAGACAGGAUAUAUAUUUUUAAAACUGUACAUUACUUGAUGAUGAUGUGAUGUUUUUACACAGAAAAGUAUGGCAUUACCUACAGCAGGGGUAUCCCACUCCGGUCCUCGAGAGCCCCUAUCCGGCUUGUUUUCCAUGUCUCCCUCCUCCAACACACCUAACUCAAAUAAUCAGGAUCCUUAUCAGGCUCCUGCAGCGCUUGCUGAUGAGCUAAAAUUUUGAUUCAGGUGUGUUAAAGGAAGGAGACAAGGAAAACAAGCUAGAUAGGGGCUCUUGAGGACCAGAGUUUCAUACUCCUGACCUACGUACAGGCACUGAAACUUUCCUCAGGAAUUUAGAUUGGGAAAUGUGACUUGUCAAAUAAAAUGUUAGAAAUGUGUUUCCUAUGAUUUAGACAAAUUAUAUCCUCAUUAUUACAAAAAUAAAGACCUG